AGCGCUCCUACAGUAAAUAUUUGUGUUUGCUCAACCGGCUGUAAUGGUGGGCGACUGAAAGAGAAAAGAGGAGAGACUAAAUCUCAAAAAUCCAGUCCCGGGUAAAACACUAUUGUUCGUGGCUCGGAAAUAAACACCAGCGAAUAUGGAUGAACUCAAACAUCAAGUUAUGAUAAACCAGUUCGUCCUGACAGCUGGAUGUGCCGCAGACCAAGCGAAACAGCUUUUGCAAGCGGCACAUUGGCAGUUUGAGACAGCCCUUAGUGCCUUCUUUCAAGAGACAAAUAUCCCUUACGGUCACCAUCAUCAAAUGAUGUGUACCCCAGCAAACACACCCGCAACGCCACCAAACUUCCCAGACGCCCUCACAAUGUUCUCGCGACUCAAAGCCUCGGAAAGCUUCAACAGCAGCAGCAGUCCCAGCAUGGCCACCUCGCCCCCUCCACCUCCGGUCAGCUGGGGCAUGACCGCACCCGUGCCCAACCAGCAGGGCUUAUAUGUGUACCCCAGCAAACACACCCGCAACGCCACCAAACUUCCCAGACGCCCUCACAAUGUUCUCGCGACUCAAAGCCUCGGAAAGCUUCAACAGCAGCAGCAGUCCCAGCAUGGCCACCUCGCCCCCUCCACCUCCGGUCAGCUGGGGCAUGACCGCACCCGUGCCCAACCAGCAGGGCUUAUGGACUCAGGGGCCUUCCCCCCAACAAGCCCACCCGCCCCCAGGCUGGCCCUCAGCUGUCAACCAGCAAGCGGCAACCGAACAGAAGGCCAGCGUCGCCAUGGAGGCUGA